GUGCUCCAGCCCUCUGAUCAUCUUCAUGGCCCUCCUCUGGACUUACUCCAACAGUUCCUCAUCCUUCUUCUGCUGGGGGCCCCAGGCCUGAAUGCAGUACUCCAGAUGGGGCCUCACAAGGGCAGAGUAGAUGUGGACAAUCCCCCCCCCCCCCCCUUGUCCUGCUGUCCAUCCUUUUGAAAUCAAGUUGGCAACUUAAAGUUGCCAGAUUUGAAUUUAAAAGCACAUCCCAAGUGCCAUGUCCCGUUCCCUGGAGCCUGGGAACCUGCUGCUGUCACUUCCCCACUCUGCCUGCUGGCUGAGGGCAGCAGCACCCUGCCCUGAGCACCACCUGCAAGCCACAGGCCUCCGUAGGCCAAAGUGAACCAUAAGGGAGGUGGAAGCACAGACAGAAAUGGAAUUUCCCAUCUUUUAUACUCAAUUCCCUUAUUCUAUUUCAAACAUCAUCCUGGAAACGGAAGGAAAGAGUGUUUCUAUUCGCUGGUAUUAUGAGAUAUGAGGAAUAUGUCCCCUGAGUCCAGCCUGUGUCCAGUCUGCUGGCUGCUGGGCAGUGCUGAGAAUCUGUUAGCCUGUACUGUCAUGUAUAGAGUUAAGAUGAAGAACUGCCAGCAAGGAUAGUGAAAACUGAAUCACGAUUGCUUUUAAUCAGAGGCUUUAAUGUAAUAGCUGUUUCUGGCUGCACUAGGAAUUGAUGUGAUUUUUCUUGGCCUACCCUCUUCUUUUUCAUUCUGUUUUGUAAUUUUGAGUGCAUGGCCUGCCUUUAGUUUUCAUGUUCUUAUUAGCUUUUUGGUUGAUUGCCCAUAGAUCACCUUUUCAAGAUUUUUAAGUGUCAGAUUGAAGGCUCCUGGAAGACUGCAGGGAGCUGUUUGCUGUGGCCUCUUUGUAAGUUGGAUGGGCUCUAGGAUGGCUCCUGGUUUCUGAAGCUGUUUUAUAGUCUCUUCCCUUUGCCUCCUGUCCUCCUGAGGGGCUGAGCAGAGCCAGGAGCAGCCCUGAGAGUGAAACAAGAGGCUGGUUAUCGUUUGUAUGCUGGUGAGGUUUGGUACAAAUCUUCCCAUCGUUUCAUUUUCAGCCUUUUAGGUGUAUUUACCUCGCCAAAACUUGUUGAUGUUAUAUGUGCCAAAUACAGUGUUUUUUAUAUAUAUAUAUUUAAUCCUGUUGAAUGACAGCAGCUAAGAAGAAAGAAACCUAAAACCCAGUGUUCUCUAAGGCAUUUACAGUGAAGUUGGAUUUGCUAAAACAUAAAAAAGAUAGGGAAAGUUCCUGUAAAAGAAGCAAACUUCGGAAGAGAGAAGGACUUCUUAGUGCAAGCUGUGCACCUAGGGAGAACAUAAGACAGUUUCAGGGAGUUUUUCAUCUGAGGUUUGAAUACAUUUUCCUUCUAUGACAUGCAUAGGAGUAAAUUGGCCUUUAGGGUGAUUAUAGGUAUAAAAAACAUUGUUACGUAAAGUCUUUUUAGAACGUGAAUAUAAUGAGGGGUAUAGAUAAUAUCAAACAGAUUAUACAACUGCCUGUUAGCUGAAUGAUGAGAACGGUUGUGUUGAGUAGCAUUUUGUGAGUGGUGUUUGCCUUGUGUAGUGUAGUCCUAAUUCAUAUGGAGUAUAAUUACAGCCAGCCCUGACAUGAAGUGGAACUUUGAUUUGAGUAAAGUUUACGUAAAACAACAAUCUCUGCAUAACCAGAUUUGAAACUCGGGGUAUUUUCAGCCCAUGUUUUGGGAACAUACACAGGAAAGUCCACUUAUGUCACAGCACAGAACUUGCAAACAGGACGAUUCCCACUUGUUGGUGCGCUUGUCAUUUUAGACAAAGCGUGUGCAGCUGUGCAGCUGUGAAGAAAAUAUUGAGAAUGUGGGUCGAGAUUUACUUGUAAGAUCUUUUAAAAAUGAUUUCGGAGCCAGCAUUUCACAAUUUACUUGUAAAGCUGUUAAAGCCGUGCUUGCAAAUCUGCGAUCGCUGCCCCCAGGGUGAUUGCAUCCGCGGGCUGGAGGAGAGCAAUGUGCUGCAAGGACAGACGGAGGGACGGCCGAAGACAGGCGGCUGCUGCAGCACGCCGGGAGUUGUGUCUGUGAGCAGGCAUGCUGGGAGUGCGAGUCUUUCCACUUCACUUCCUGUCUGCAAUGGCCUCGUGAUGUAAGGCAGGACCUGUCUGGCGCUUCCAUUUGGGGAGGAUGGUGAAAGUGCUCCGUGUCUCAUACUGCUAAUUUCAGGCGGUGGAAGAAUAAGAAACGAUAUGAAACCUCCACAAAGUGUCUGUUUUUUCAAGAACCUGCUUUCUGGUUUCUACUGUUAUGGUCAGCUUCACAAUUCCCCUCUUCCUUCUGUUGCAAAGAAGAUGAGUUGUGUGAUGAGGCUGCACAGCCGUGGAUUUUGGAGGCCAGACUCUUUGCUGGACACGGCUGGAUUCACUCUGUCAUCUCACAGUCAGCUUAGGAAGAAGCAUCAGGACUCUCGAGCAUUGUGGAAGCAUGAGGCUGUGCAGAAGUAUCUGGAAACUCUGAGCAAGGAAUACCAGCAGGUUAAUAGUCUGCUAAAUGCUGAUUCAAAAAAUGAAUCUGAGCAGAGGACCCUGAGGAGAAGACGUGCUGAUCUGUCCCCAGUUGCAACUGCAUUUCAAGAAAUCAAAGAGGCUGAAGGCGAGCUCCGGGAAUUAGAAACCAUGUGUAGAGAGCUGGGCAGCAGAGAAGAGAAGCAACUGCUAGAGCUUGCCUUAGAAGAGAAGGAAACCCUUGAUAAAAAAAUCAACACGCUGUGCAGAAAGCUUUUCCAGCUUCUAGUGCCAAAGGAGAAGUAUGAUAAAAGUCACGUUAUAUUAGAAGUGACAGCUGGCAGAACAACUGGAGGUGACAUCUGCCAACAGUUCACUAAAGAAAUGUUUGAGAUGUACCAGAACUAUGCGGGCUAUAAAUGCUGGACCUUUGACAUUCUGAACUACGUGCCAGCUGAGAUAGGUGGGUUGCAUCACGCGGCUGCUCAUAUUUCAGGAGAUGAUGUCUACAGGCAUCUGAAAUAUGAAGGAGGGACUCACAGAGUCCAACGAAUCCCUGAGACCGGGCUGUCAUCGAGAAUGCAGCGUAUUCAUACGGGGACAAUGUCAGUUAUUGUGCUCCCUCAGCCAGAGGAGGUUGAUGUUAAAGUGGAUCCCAAAGAUCUGCGUAUAGACACAUUCCGGGCCAAAGGAGCAGGAGGGCAACACGUCAACAAAACUGACAGUGCUGUGAGGGUUGUACAUCUUCCCACAGGGGUGGUGGUUGAGUGCCAGCAGGAGAGAUCGCAGCAGAUGAACAAGGAAAUGGCUCUGAGGACGCUAAGAGCUAAGCUGUACCAGCAGAUCAUUGAAAAACAACUGAGUCAAGAGCAGAGCGCCAGGAAACUGCAGUUGGGAACAAGAGCCCAGUCAGAGAGAAUUCGUACUUACAACUUCACCCAGGACAGAGUCACUGACCACAGGAUCUCGUAUGAUGCACGCAAUAUCAAGGAAAUUCUGAGUGGGAAAGAGGAACUGGAUAAGCUAAUAAACAGGCUGCUGGAGUUUGCAGAGAUGGAGGCUCUCACAGAGUAUCUAGAAAACCUUCAGUCCAUGGGAGGAGAAGGAUGCUGAAGAUCUUGUGUGGAGCUGAAGCAGAACUGGGUUUGUAACUAAAUAAAAUGGGCACACUUAUUGGAUGACAGAUUGAUUAAAAUCUAUGCCUCUGUUUUUCAA